UUCACUUCCUGUCGUCAGACUCCUUCCCAAAAGUCAAGAGAGGGGGAAACGAGGAGAGGAAGAACUCGUUCUGUUCUAAAUAAGGCUCUCCGAGGAGCAGCGAGCAACUCCACGCCUCUGCUUGAGCUUCACAACUUCUGUAGUUUGCAUCCAGUAGCAGUCAGAUCGGCGCGCACAGCAGCGUUUUAAGAGAGAGUGAGAGGGAGAGAGAGAGAGAGAGUGAGAGAGAGAUAAUUUUGCGUUAAAAACAAAGCUGUGCGCCAGUUGCACCCGAAUCCAUGCAUGGUACGGAUGGUACACGUUUUGACGCCCAUCGCCGAGUCUUCUGAUUCUACGCGCCGAGUUUGGAGACACUGACCGACCGCUGUGAGACUCCAGGGGUUCAUGUACUGGAAAAAUGAAGUUUUGUCCCCUCUCUCAGAGGGAAAUAAUAUUCUGUCCGAAGGAAUUCCCACGAAGAAGGUGAUCUCCACGGAGCAUCAGGGCGCACCGGGAGUCUCGCGCUGCAGUGUGGACUCUAAGCACGCGCCAAUGUCUCACUCGGACGGAGAAUCCCAGCGGUCCAACAUGGAGCGGGAGGACACUCGCUCGUCCCCCAGCACUCCGUCCACCCCCUCCGGGUGCUCGCCGACGUCGACCAUCAGCUCGGUGCCGUCCAUCGGCAAGAACGUGUGCACGAGCUGCGGUCAGGAGAUCGCGGACCGAUACUUGCUGAAGGUGAACAACCUGAUCUGGCACGUGCGCUGUCUGGAGUGCUCCGUGUGCAGGACGUCGCUGCGUCAGCACAGCAGCUGCUACAUCAAAAACAAAGAGAUCUUCUGUAAAAUGGAUUAUUUCAGUCGGUUUGGUACUAAGUGUGCCCGCUGUGGGCGGCAGAUAUACGCCAGCGACUGGGUGCGCCGCGCGAGGGGGAACGCUUUCCACUUGGCUUGUUUUGCGUGCUACUCGUGUAAGAGGCAGUUGUCCACGGGAGAGGAGUUUGGCUUGGUGGAGGAGAAGGUCCUGUGUAGGAUCCACUACGACACCAUGGUGGAGAACCUCAAACGAGCAGCUGAGAGUGGCAAUGGCAUCACAUUAGAAGGAGCAGUUCCAACGGAACAAGACAGUCAGCCCAAACCGUCCAAAAGGGCUCGGACAUCCUUCACCGCGGAACAGCUACAGAUCAUGCAAUCUCAGUUUGCCCAAGAUAACAAUCCAGAUGCCCAGACGCUACAGAAACUAGCCGACAUGACCGGCCUCAGCAGGAGAGUUAUACAGGUGUGGUUUCAAAACUGCAGAGCAAGACACAAAAAGCACACGCCCCAGCACGGUGGGGCUCCCCCAGGUCACCUCCAGUCCAGGAUACCCUCGUCUCUGCCCGAUGAGCUGCAUUACUCCCCCUUUGGAAGUCCUGAGCGGGCGCGCAUGGUGGCCCUUCACGGGUAUAUCGACAGUCAUCCCUUCUCCAUGCUGACCUCUCAGAGUCUCCCUCACCAGGCCAUGUCGCUGCCCCAGCUCCCCCUCAGCCGCUAGCGCUCCACCACUACGACCCUGAUGACCCCCAAACCUCCGGAUCCUCACCCUUGAUCUCCAUCACUGAAGUCUGCGAAACCCGUAGGAGGUCAUGUAGGAGUCAGAUUGGAGAAAAGACACAUUUUACAGGAGCCCAGGAAAGAGAAAUGGAAGAAGGAGGAAAAACUAAGAUACAUCCGUCAGUAUGUUAUUUUUUUUCCUGAGGACAGGACUAUCCCACCUGCAGCCACUGAUGACUGACUGUAUUUUACACCACGCAAAGGACCCAUUUUGCUUCAUAUGUACAGCAUCCUUCACUUCACCAAUGCAUCCUCCACUUGAUAGAGGAAGUUUCAAAGCGAUGAAACUGACCAAGGAAGUGAUACUGAAGAUAAACAAAGAGGGGGAAAUUAAAGGGGUCAAGGGGUCUGUCAUUCGGGCCCACGGCCCGUCACGCGCAGUCGACCACGUUAGAGGUAAGACCCCUCACUCUUCUCUCUCGGCAACCAUGAAGGAAACAUUUAUGUAAAUGAAAUACGUUUCUUUAGGAUUGACAAAGUGACUGUGUGGCAUCUCAAAAAACUAAAACCUUCCUCGUUACAUUUUUGGUCAAUUUUCACUGAAAUGCGGUGUAGAACUAGAUUUUGGUGAAAGGAUGAAACAUUGUGUGCCUUAUCGUUUCAAUUGUUACUACUUUACAGCACUGAAUCAGCUUAUUAAAAAUUCAGCCUGUAAUUUGUCUCAAAACAAAGUUUUUUUUAAAUUAUAUUGUGUUGGACAAAUUACAAGAAUUUUAAAUCUGCCAUUGGUAAAGAAUCAGCAUAUUGACUGUUAAUCAAGAAGGAAAACCCCAAAUGCACAGUGUCUGGAAUUGUGUGUUAAUAAAUUAUGGCUGUAAGAAGAAAAUAGAUUUCAGGCAAUCAUGUUACAUGAUAGAGGAACAAAGGGAAGUCUGAGAUGAGCAUACUAGUCAAACUACAAAAUCUGUUAGUUACAUAUUUUCAUAUUUCCAAACAAUUGUAUUGUCACUAAUUUAUCAUUUCUAAUGUUGCUUGUUCACCUUGUGUGUGUGUGUGUGUGUGUGUGUGUCUCGCACAAAGAGGGAAAUAGAGUGUUGCUGUCAUGGUACAAUAUGGACAAUAUGAAACAUACUGGGGUUGUACAUAGUAAGACGUAUGUGGGUGUAUGCGUGUGUGUGUGUGUGUGUGUGUGUGUGAGUAUUGGCAGGGGUAGAGAGUGUGCAUCUGUAUUUUAAUGCCAUGGCCAUUGUGUGAAGAACAGGAUCCAACAAGACCUCAAUGUCUUUGUAUUUAUUGAGAUGGUAAAUCCCUGUAAAGCACUUUUUUCCCUCUGAAAUUGUUUUGUUUUGUUAAAAAACAUGAAAUGAAAUUCAACAAAAAAGUUUAUUUGAUAGACUGUGCAUCAUAAAUGUUUUGUGUACUAAAAUGCAAUAAAAUAGAAUGUGAUAUUUU